UAAUCAUAGACAUUCUCUGGCCUGACAUUUGCUUCCAUUAUCGCUUCAUCAUAGUAUAAUUUUUACAACUGGGCAAGUUUACGAUUUACUAACGCCAGACACCAGUGUUAUUAUUUUAAUCAGGCCAUAGUAGUAGUUCGAAUUCUUAAAAGGAUUUGAUAUACGCACGACUAAAAUGGCAACAACGCUCAACGAAUACAAACUAAGUUGCGAAUUGCUUGGUCAUUCUAUGGAUGUACGCUCUGUUGCGGCCGGUGAGGACACAACGGAAGGGCAAGUUAUAAUUUCGGGCUCUCGCGAUAAAACUGUGAAAUUAUGGAAACGCAUGGGUGAAGCAUAUGCGGAAUCUGUGACUUUUCAAGACCACAAAAAUUUUGUUGCUUGUGUUUGCUACAUUGAAGCGGAAAAGUGGAUUUGCACUGGUAGUAAUGAUGCCACAGUCGCUAUCUACAAGGAGGCCGGUUUUGUACCAAUCUUAACGCUCAAAGGCCACGAAUCCACCGUAUGUUCAAUAGCAGGAGGCGCUGAGUCGCAAACACUUAUCACAGGUAGUUGGGAUAGUACGGCCCGAAUUUGGACUAUCGAUCAAAAUGGAGGUGUAACUUCAGUGGUCUUGCGUGGCCACGAAGCGGCAGUCUGGUCAGUCGCUUGCUUGGCAGAAGUAAAAAAAUAUAUCACUGGAGCCGCGGACAAGUGCAUAUACUACUGGAAUGCCAAGGGUGAAAAGUUACGCAUGUUAAAAGGGCACACGGAUUGUGUACGUGGUAUUUUGACUUUAAAUAAUAAUUCGCUGGUUUCCUGCGCUAAUGAUGCGCUUAUAAAGUAUUGGAAUGAAGACGGCGAAUGCGUGCAAGAAUUGAGUGGUCAUACAAAUUAUAUUUACUCAUUAGCAGCUAAUCGCGCAUUGGGUAAAAAUGUAAUAGUAUCCUGUGGCGAAGACAGCACUCUGCGCAUGUGGGACUUGCAAAAUGGCCAAGAGUUGGGCGAUGCUAUUUUACAUCCCGCACAAUCUGUUUGGUCAGUAGCUUGUCUUAACAAUGGCGACAUUGUAACUGGUUCUAGUGAUGGAGUAGUUCGUGUAUUUACGAAAGAUCCCGCACGUUAUGCCAGCGAGUUGACUAUGAAAGCAUUUUUGCAUGCCGUUGAAACAAGGAAAGCUCAAAUGAGCGACGAAAUCGGUGGCGUUAAAAAGACUGAUUUACCAGGUCCUGAAGCUUUACUUACGAACGGUACGCGAGAAGGACAAACCAAAAUGGUGCGCCACCCCGAUGGUUCAGUGAAAUGUUAUACCUGGGGGUUAGGUGAAUGGACUUUGGUUGGUGAUGUUACUGGUGCAACAGGAGGCACGCAAGCCACUUCCGGAAAAGCUUUGUAUGAAGGCAAAGAAUACGACUAUGUGUUUUCGGUCGACAUCUCUGAUACAGAACCGCCGAUAAAAUUGCCUUACAACCGUGGUGAGGACCCUUGGCAAGCAGCGCAAGCAUUUAUACAUCGUAACAAUUUGCCACAGGCUUACUUAGAUCAAGUAGCUAACUUCAUAGUAAAAAAUUCGAGUGGUGCUUCUAAUAUGUCGACUCAACCCACCACCAGUGGGUAUCAGGAUCCAUUCACGGGGGGAUCAAGAUACGUCCCUGGUGGUGGUAACCAAAAUUAUAACUCGACAGGUAAUGUUGACCCAUUUACCGGUGGUUCAAGCUACUCUACUACAAAUUCGCAUUCAAAACCGGAAGUCAAUUUCAUUAAAGGCAGUGAAAGGCACUUUCCCGUCCGUAAAUAUUUAACUUUCGACAACUGCGAUUCCGCCAAAGUGCUGGACAAAUUGAAAGAAUUUAAUAAUAAGCUAACUAAUGAGAGCGAAAAGGUUUCGGAAAUAUUGUUAAACGCGGUCAUAGCCCUAACUGCUCCUACGCCUGAAGUAGACACUAACUCAAUUGAAGCGUUGCAGCAUUUGUUACGUUGGCCCAAUGACAUUCUUUUUCCCGUACUGGAUGUGUCGCGUUUGGCAAUACGUCAUGAGCCGAUCUUUUCCAUUUUAAACUCAUAUAAUUUCCUAGAUACCAUACUGCCGAACUUUAAAUCCUCUGCCGCAAAUACUUUAAUGAUAGUGCGUUGCUUAGCAAAUAUAAUGUGCCACGAAACAGGCAGAAGGCAAGUCCAACCACGAUUGGAGACCAUAACUGGACACAUAAAUGAGAUAAAGAGUGGAAGCGCGAAUUUGCAAAUCGCCAUUGCAACCUUUUAUUUAAAUGUUACAAUAUCGCAAACGCUUAGCGUUGCAAGCAGCGAAUGUUGUCGUGUGGUAACUGAAGGCAUUGUGGAAUUGCUGAAAUGGGCUACUGACUUGGAGGCAUGUUAUCGCGCGUUUCAAGCCAUUGGCAAUUUAACAACUACACCAUUUGGUCAAGAAACUGUGGCCAUUGUUGUUUCAGUGGACUAUGUAAUAGAUAAAAUACGCGAAUUAACUAAUACACCACAGGCGGGAGUAUACGCAAAACUGAAUUCUGUAGGCAGCGCAUUGCUGGCCACCUUUUGAGUGAGUUGUACGCACACAAUUUCAAACGAAUGAUAUAUAAAAACUCGUUGGGUCUAGUUUUCAUUGUCAAGCAAAAACUUUAGUACUUCGAUUUGCUAGAAAGAAAAAAUAAAAAAGUGGACAAAGUCACAAAAACCCA